AUGGCUCAGGCCUCGUCUGGAGUCAGGAGCAUUUUUUAUUGCUUUACAGAUAGAGGUUAUGAACUGAGUUUUAAAAGUGCUGACGAUUCAAACUUAAAACUCACAAGCUAUGGAGAGUACCUUUAUGAACAUCUUAUUCUAUUUUGCCCCUCAGUUGAGGAAUUUGGAGGCAACAUUGGAGAAGAUACAGUUUUAGAUUUCAUUGAUGGUGGGGGUAAUGUUUUAGUAGCUGCAGGUUCAAGUAUAGGUGACCCUAUAAGGGAAAUUGGAAGUAAUUGUGGUGUUGAAUUUGAUGAGGAAAACACAGCUGUAAUAGAUCACCUUAACUUUGACGUCAAAGAUGAAGGCAUGCAUACAUUGAUCGUAGCUGAUCCCUCAAACAUCAUAGAAUCUAAAACCAUUGUAGGAGAUAAGAAAUUAAAUCCGAUUUUAUUCAAGGGUGUUGGAAUGACUGCCGACCCGGAGAACCCCUUGGUAAUGGAUAUCUUACACGGUACUUCUUCCUCAUACUCCCACAAUCCUUCUGAUGACAUCGUCGACUAUCCACACGCUGUUGGUAAGAACACACAGUUCAUCACUGCCCUCCAGGCCCGCAACAAUGCUCGCGUUGUGUUCUCUGGUUCCUUGGAGUUUUUCAGCGAUGCUUACUUCCAGUCUGCCGUUCAAAAGGCCGUUGCAGGCUCUGAAAGAUUUGCUAAGUCUGGCAACCAAGACCUUGCAUAUGCUCUCUCUCAAUGGGUGUUCAAGGAGAAGGGCGUACUUCGUGUCACCGGUGUUAGCCAUCAUAUCGUCGGACAAAAGACACCCCCAGCUGCUUACACCAUUGAAGAUCAUGUGGUAAGGCCUUUCUAUUUCAUAGCUUGCCUUAAUACAUUUGCUUAUGAGGCCAAAAAAAAAUAUUUUUUUGCCAAAUUAUAUUGUAGCUUUUUUUUUCUUUCAGAUGGAAGAUUCUCUACUAAAUUUAAGCUUCCUGAUGUUUAUGGAGUGUUCCAGUUUAAGGUGGACUACAAUCGAAUUGGCUUCACUCAUUUGUACAGUACUACACAGGUGUCCGUACGACCGUUUGAGCAUACUCAGUUUGAGCGCUUCAUUCCGUCAGCUUAUCCAUAUUACAGUAGUGCGUUUUCCAUGAUGGUUGGCCUCUUUCUAUUCAGUCUCGUGUUUUUACAUCAUAAAGAAGAACCAAAGGACAAGAAGGAGUAGAUAAAAUUUUCUUUUAAAAUCUCUUUUUAACUUCC